AUGUGGUCGCUUGGAUGCGUAAUUGCUGAACUCUUUCUUGGAUGGCCUUUAUAUCCUGGAAGCAGCGAAUACGACCAAAUAAGGUUUAUUGUUCAAACACAAGGUCUACCUCCGACUGAAAUGCUUGAGAAAGCAGCAAAAUUGCAUCGUUUCUUCAAGGAAAUGAAGGCUGACAUGUCUGGUCCUGUUCAACCCACAUACUAUCGAAUGAAAACUGUCGAGGAGUAUGAGGCGUCCGGAGUACAUGUGAAAUCCAAGGAGACAAGGAAAUACAUAUUUUCCUUCUUGGACGACAUCAGCCGAGUAAGUCGAACUCUAAAUUUUUUGAAAUGAUA